UUUAUUUAUGUAGAGGAAUAGGUGAAAUGGUGAAGCCCCGUUUCGCUUGCCGCUGCAGCACACCGCCUCGCAAUUCCGCCGCAUCCACCUGCCCGUGAUUAUACAGAGGAAUCCUCCUCUCUCUCAAUCUCGCCGAUCUCUUCUCCCACCUCGCGUUGCUCCUCGUCGAAGCAUUUGCUAGUUGAUUCCUCUUGGCAGGAGUAGUUUGCUCUGAAUCUUUCUCUCUCUUCUUCUUCAAGGACCGGAAUUUGUCUUCAGCUGCUAAAGGAGAACCCACUGUUAAAGAUUUGUUAAAAUCCAAUUUUUAUCUAUCACCAUCUGUGGCAUUGAAUAUUCAAUGAUAACGCCGGGAAGAUCAACUCCCUGUUAAUUGUUGGAAAGUGCAUCAUCCCUCAGCGACUCCAGCAUAUAAAUCGAAUCCAGAAGGUUGCACAAGAAAGUAUGUCAAUGCAGGCCUCUAACCGCCCAUACAGAUAUGAGGACAAUUCUCAGAUACCAUACUACAGCCAGAGUUCGAUGAAUGUGGGGCGAAAUGGUACUUACUGUGUACAACAAAAUCAUGAGGAUCUUUACGUCUCUUCUGAUGAUGGUUCACAGAACAGCAAUCCUAAGGCUCAGGUGUUGCAAGCACAGUACUGCACUCUAGAUUCAUCCUCCGGCAAUUUUGUGUAUCCAGCACAUAGCUCUACAUCCUCUCAGUCUCAGUACAUAAGUGGGAGCCCCAUUUCUCAGCAAGAUAGCCACUCAGAGCACACAUCUGGCUCCCCUGUAAGCGCUUCAUGUGUUACUGAGGUUCCAGGUUUGAGGUUCACAACAAUUGAGGAGAUAGAGAAUGCAAUGUUUGGACCUGAACCUGACACAGUUAGCUCAGACUGCUCCUUACUAACCGAUUCUGCUUUUUACCAAGAUAACUGGAGAGAACAUCUGGGAAUCAAUACAAGGGACUUGAAGCAGGUAAUUGUAGCAUGUGGUAAGGCUGUUGAUGAGAAUGGAUGGUAUAGGGACUUGCUGAUAUCUGAGUUAAGGAACAUGGUAUCCAUUUCUGGAGAACCGAUGCAACGACUGGGAGCCUAUAUGUUGGAAGGCCUUGUUGCCAGGCUUUCUUCGACUGGGCAUGCCCUAUAUAAAUCCCUGAAGUGUAAAGAACCUACUAGUUUGGAGCUCAUGUCUUAUAUGCAUCUCCUAUAUGAGAUAUGCCCUUUUUUCAAGUUUGGUUACAUGUCUGCCAAUGGAGCAAUUGCAGAGGCUGUUAAGGGUGAGAACUUUGUUCACAUCAUCGAUUUCCAAAUUGCUCAGGGGAGCCAGUGGGCAACUAUGAUACAGGCACUUGCUGCAAGACCUGGGGGACCACCAUACCUCAGGAUUACUGGUAUAGAUGACUCGAAUUCUGCUCAUGCCCGAGGUGGUGGGCUGGAUAUAGUUGGACGGCGUUUAUUCAAUAUUGCCCAGUCAUGUGGUCUGCCCUUUGAGUUCAAUGCUGUCCCAGCUGGUAGUCAUGAGGUUAUGCUUGAACAUCUUGAUAUAAGAUCUGGGGAGGUCAUUGUUGUUAAUUUUGCCUACCAGCUGCAUCACACUCCUGAUGAGAGUGUGGGCGUAGAAAAUCAUCGGGACAGGAUAUUGAGAAUGGUGAAGGGCCUCUCUCCAAGGGUGGUAACACUUGUAGAGCAGGAGGCGAACACAAACACUGCACCUUUCUUCAAUAGAUACUUGGAAACUCUCGAUUAUUACACAGCUAUGUUUGAAGCUAUAGAUGUUGCUUGCCCAAGGAAUGAUAAGAAGCGGAUUAGCACUGAGCAACACUGUGUUGCAAGAGAUAUCGUCAAUUUGAUUGCAUGUGAAGGUGCGGAAAGGGUGGAGAGGCACGAACCUUUUGGAAAAUGGAGGUCAAGGCUUGCAAUGGCUGGCUUUAGGCCAUAUCCACUAAGUGCAUUGGUGAACAGCACUAUCAAAAAGUUGUUGGAUAGUUACCAUAGUUAUUACAAGCUAGAGGAGAGAGAUGGUGUCCUUUAUCUUGGAUGGAAGAACAGAAGGCUGGUUGUAUCUUCUGCAUGGCGGUGACAUCUCAGUUGAUUCGAAAGAUGCUUCUUUAGCCCAGGCCCCUCUUGCUUGGCCCCGUCGACGAUGGCGGGUGGAGUCCAGGCUUCUGGAUGGCGAUUGCGACGGCGAGGUGGCCAGGGAGAGCUGCGACGACGGUGACGGGGUCGGCGACGGGCAGCAGGGAUGGGGAGCGCGACGAGGAGAGCGAGGACGACGGGGAUGCGGCACCAUCGACGUCCAUGGUGAUGCCAAUGUUGUCGCGCCGAGCUGAUUGAGGAGACGAGGAGCGCGACAAGGAGAGCGAGGACGACGGGGAUGUGGCGUCGUCGUCUUCCGUGGUGACACCGCCGCCGCCGCGUCAAGCCGGUUGAGGGGAUGGGGAGCACGACGAGGAGAGCGAUGAUGAUGGGGAUGCGGUGCCGUCAUCGUCCAUGGUAGCAGAUCUGGCUCCUCGCGCCGACUACGGCUUCGACGGCGUCCAUGGUGCCUGAAUCGACGUCCCCCACCACGGAUCUGAUCUCCACCAGCUACCACCGGAGAUCCACCCCCACCGUCCCUCCGGUUGCCGACACCGGCCACGAUAGCCGACGGGCCACGAUAGCCGACGGCAUCGCCGCAGUCGCGUCAAGGCAGUCGAGGAGUUGCCGCCGUCGUCGCGUCGAGCCGGUCGAGGAGACACCGCCGCCAUCGCGUCGAGCCGGUCGAGGAUACACCACCACCGUCGCACCGAGCCGGCGCUCGAACGACGCCUCCAUCCUGGUGUACCUCCGCAAACUCGAGCAUGUCGCCGGUGCGGUCGUGCUCGGAGGGCACGAUGUUGGGGAUGGCCUUGAGGCGGAUGCUCCACUCCUUCGUCGCGGCCGCGUCGCCGAGCAGGCCGAGCCACUCCUCGGUGACAGACGACGGUGGCUGUGACGCCAUUGCAUGCGGCGAGGAGGGCGUCGUUCAUUGUAGAGAUGAAGUUGGGGGUAUUUUAGACUAUACGAAAAUACACUCGUCUGCAUGUGGGUCCAACCAUCUCCAAGACGUAGAAGAUGGCAUGGCUCUAAAAGAGAAGAAACUAUAAUGGCAUAUCUACUAUUAGGUGAAUUGUAAUGGUAUUUUUCUAAACUGAUAUAUUUGUAAUGGCAUGGAUCUAAUUAACCCUUAAUUAUAUGGCACGGGAUCUCAUAUUCUCAUGCACCAUUAAUCCCUACAGAGGCCAGGAAAAAAAUUACUGAUGAUUUAU